AUGCAACGUAGAGUCGACUAUAGGGUAGGCGAUGCAACACGUAGAGUCGACUAUAGGGUAGACGAUGCAACACGUAGAGUCGACUAUAGGGUAGACGAUGCAACACGUAGAGUCGACUAUAGGGUAGGCGAUGCAACACGUAGAGUCGACUAUAGGGUAGACGAUGCAACACGUAGAGUCGACUAUAGGGUAGACGAUGCAACACGUAGAGUCGACUAUAGGGUAGACGAUGCAACACGUAGAGUCGACUAUAGGGUAGACGAUGCAACACGUAGAGUCGACUAUAGGGUAGGCGAUGCAACACGUAGAGUCGACUAUAGGGUAGGCGAUGCAACACGUAGAGUCGACUAUAGGGUAGGCGAUGCAACACGUAGAGUCGACUAUAGGGUAGACGAUGCAACACGUAGAGUCGACUAUAGGGUAGGCGAUGCAACACGUAGAGUCGACUAUAGGGUAGGCGAUGCAACACGUAGAGUCGACUAUAGGGUAGGCGAUGCAACACGUAGAGUCGACUAUAGGGUAGACGAUGCAACACGUAGAGUCGACUAUAGGGUAGACGAUGCAACACGUAGAGUCGACUAUAGGGUAGCGAUGCAACACGUAGAGUCGACUAUAGGGUAG